AUGGCAGCUGAGCGAGAUAAUUGUUCGAUUUUUAUUAGGGGAGGGUGGAGAUUUGUGGUGUACCGACCCCCGAAGGUAUGUUUGCAGUGGGGUGUCGCGCAUGCUCCGGUAGAUCAGGACGCUUGUGCGCAUAAACUUGCUUCAGGAAUAGUGCCUGCCUUCGUAUCUACAAGGUCAAAAGAGCACAGGAAGAUCAAGGUGCAAGAACACUUGUUGUUUCAUCAUAAGAACACUGCCCUGCGGCAGCGCAACAUCGCGUCGUUGAUUGAGAGGCGGCUUCUUGUAGUGCAUGAGGGCAGCCGACUCGCUGCCGCGGCGAGAACAGCGGCAUGGGAGAAGAAGGAGAGGAGGAGGGGGAAUGAUGGGUAUCUCGCGACCGGCGUCACUGGGCAACCAGGCCAGAAGGUGCACCAGCAGCAGCACUGCUACCACCACCACCACCAACAGCAGCAGUAG